AUGGACACGGUUCGCAGCGAAUACUCGGAAGGCAGCCUCGCGUCUAGUCGUCUGGACGAUGGCAGCACAACAGGUCGAGGUUCCUUGUCCUUCUCCUUUUCCACUAGUCGAGUUUCGAUCGACAGCGUCUCGACACGGUCCGACUUUCUAUCGAGCUAUGAACGGAAGUUCCAGCAGCGCAAAGCUGCCAAGCACAAAAAAUCCGAAAAAGCCAAGCGGGAGAAGGAAAAGGCAGAUCGGCAGGAUUUGUUUUCGGCAGAUCUUCGACGUAAGGCGCAGCGAGAGGCGGAGCGACAGGCACGUCGGAAGGAGAUGGAGACUUGGCUAACGGAUACCAAAGAGUUGAAGAGGAUUGAGCGUCGAUCACACAAAACAAGUCGAGAUCGCAUGCGGACUCUGAAGGAAUGGUACGCUCCUGCUACUUCAGUGUCUGGUGCGUACGAGGAAGUCCAGCCAGUCUUCGUAGCUGCCAUGCACCAAACCAAUCAACAAGAACACUCGAGUCGUAGGAAACUUGUAAAGCCAAAAACACUAUUAACCAAGAAAGCUGCUGCUGCUAAAGACGAGGAAGAUCGAGACGCUCUGGGCGUUGUGCUCCGUGGACAGCUGAAUGCGUUUACAUCAAAGCUGGAGUAUCUGGAACAACUUGCAGACCCGGGAACUCCUUCAGUGCGAGCCAAGACCCGAGCUCGACGACGACGUCUUGUGAAUAAAAACUUACAUUUAGCGCCAUUGGGCCCAGCACGCAGUAAUUUACGAGCUGCGAAGAGCGUGACGAACCUUCCGACGUAUUUUACGUCGCAAAUUGAAAGAAAACUCGCCACAUCGUCGUCGAUGCAGAUGCUUCAAGCUGAUAACGAAGAUGACGAGGACGCAGUGGACGAUGCAGAAGUGGAGCGAUACCUACUGCGACAUCGAAAUAUAUCCAGACAAAAUUACGCCGCUGUAAAGCUCCAAGCGGCCUGGAAGAUGCAUUUACGGCGGCGUAAGUAUCUUCCCUGGCGACAGCGGCGAACGCGUCACCGACGAGCGAUUUUUGAGAUCUGGGUCAUGACUUAUCGCGUCGGCUAUCGAGCUCAGCGCUCGUUACUUCGCAAGUAUUUUACUGCGUGGCGUUUGGACGUGAUGGAAGCUCUCCAGCUGCGAGAGAUGGAGCUCCAUCUCUUCCGACAAGCGGCAACCCAGUCGGAGCUGCCUCGAAUGGUACUGAACCUCGUGUUCACGUCCGACUGGGAGGACGAGCGAGCCAAAAGACUCGCAGCAGAAGCAGCGAAGAAGAAGAAGAGCCUCGUAACUACUAGCAAAGCGGCCUUCCUCAACGCGUUCCUCAGUGCCGCCUUUGGGGACGUCGAGUCUGGACCGGAGACACGCAGUCGAGUGCAACAGCUGCACGCCCAGCACGAAACAGCGCGAGAAGAAGUGCGGAAGAAGAUCGUGCAGCACGUUUUCCGACUCUGGAAACGCGUGCAUGAAGGCAACAAACGGGUGGGGCUGAACGCUCAGCUUUGUUUAAAACGCGCCGUUCGAAUGGCCUUUGGCACGCGACAACGCUGGCCCGCCGAGAUCCUGUUGUCGGUGUUUGAGCUCUGGGCUCGAUGGGCGAGCUUCAACCGCUGUAAGCGACUGGGGCUGCCGUUGCCUCAGUUCCCCCAGACGAAUCCCCACUGGGAUGUCUGGCUGCACAACCACCAGGAACGUCAAGUUCGAUGCGUCAAAGCAGCCGCCAAAGCUCCAGCUGCGCGACUUCGACGCUAUUUCCUUCGCCUUGACGCGUUUGCACCGAUCGCAGACAGCGCGGCGGAGAAGAAACUAGAGAGAGGAAUUCUACUUCGCCUGCAUCGAUAUGCUUGCGCCAAACGGAAGCUGCGUCCACUGAAGGACUCGCUGAGGAGGAAGAGGCGAAAGUGGCUGGCGAGGCGAUCGAUCCGAGGCUGGAAAUGGGUGCAGCUCCACGCGAGCUUUAAGCGGGAGCUGACUCUCUCCAAGAUACAACAGAGCCAGGUCUGGCGCUCUCGACUGCAUCGCACGCUCGAUGUCUGGAGACAAGAACGCGAUUCGCUGUUGCUCUGGAGAACGUUCGAGGCCUGGACGCACUUGGUUCGCAAACGCAAACUCUUCCUCACGCUGCGCUCUCUCUGCGCUCGCCAGGAGCGAAGAACGCUUCUCUUUGGCGUGUUAAACGCGUGGAAAGCAGCCAAAUGGGAGCGUGUGGACGGCUUCCUGGAAGACAAUUUAUGCCUCGAUGCGUGGGAUGUCUAUCGCGAGCUCUCGGCUUUCUUUCCGAUGAUGUUUUACGGUAGUUUCUCCGAUGCUGGAUCGAUUUUCGGAGGUCUCCCGAGCUCCAUGCACUGCGAGAAUGGAGCCUCGCAGCGUGUUGACAGGAAUGAGCUGGUGCUCGCUACGUCUGGAGAUGCUGUUCGGCAUUUCCACGGCGUUUUGGUCCGGGAAAGUGUCAUGGAUGUCCGCAACGCCAUUUUACAGACUCGCCAUCUCGUCAAUGCCGUCGAUGACGCGUCAGGGAAUACAGCACUGCACGUAGCAGCGCAGAUCGACGAGACCGAAAGACGGUUAGAAAUUGUUUCUUUAUUGCUAAGUGAAGGUGCCACGACGCUGAAACGUGUGAAUCGACAUGGCUUGUCCCCCGUGCAGCUGGCACCUGAUGCAGCGACUCGGUUUCUACUCGACCACGGCAUCUACGCCUUUUAUUCACGCAACGUCCUGCACGAGACUGAAGAUUGCGGGACUAACCAUCGAUUGCUGUGGUGUAUGACGUCUCUUAUGGCCAGAGAGUGGAGAGCUGGGCUACGCAACCCCGCCGACGUGAGAACGGGUCACUGGCACAGCACAAUUCGAGACGAGCUGUGGCUUCGUCAAGCGCAUAUUCGCUUCGCUUGCGACUCCGUUUUCGCGGCUGGAGUGACGCGAUCUCGUGGGUUUCUCAAUGCGCUAAAGACGCGUCUGUCUGCAGAGACUGGCGAGUACGAAGCAUACGCACGGUAUCUCUUGGCGACGAAUCUUGAUGCUGACGCCUGUGAACAAGAGCUCAUACCCAGUUUCGCUGGGCUACUCUUCUCCUUAGAGUUCUCAGUAGAGGAAAUCCUAUCGCAAGCGUAUCGACUUGAGGACGAGUGCGCAAGUGCAGAGAGCGAGUUGUGGGAGUUGUACCAGCUGCUUCAAGUUUUCUCGGAUGACGCUGAUGCAGAUUUUUUCUUCAAAAAUGAAGUUUUCCACUUAAAUUUUGGUCACGAGAAGCGCUUGCCCUUGAGCUGGAGUCUUUACUGA